AUGUCCGAUAUCUCCCAGCUAUCAUCGAAACUUCAAUCAGUAUCUUUGGCCUCGGUCUCAGCUUCGCACAAUCUCUCUACCCUUCCGGUCGACAUCUUAACCCACGAUCUAGUCCCCCAAUUUGCUUCUCCUCCAAUUCACCUCUCCCAAUAUCCAACCACACAGUCUUCGCCAGACUCAAGUCCUCUUCGUCAGCUCGCAGCGACAUCAAGGCACUUCAGGGCGACUGUUAAAAGCCAAUAUAAGGCAUACGUUCAACAUCAAUAUCCUACCGUCUACUCGCACGUAAUCGCACGCCAUUCUGCAAGCCUAGAUCAGGUUGACUGGUCCUCUCUAGCUACCCAAUCAGAGAAACUAUGUCACCGAUGGAAUCUUCGACAGUUUUCCCUUUCAAAGCUUCAAACGGUGGAACCAUCCCCGGCGCGCCAACAUGAUUCCCACCAUAGAUCGACUGUUAAACCAUCCCACUCUUAUUCUCCCUGCAUCGAUGUCUCCGAAUCCAUCAAUGGAACUGAGACUUUAGUCAUUGGACAGGGUCCCUCUGUGGCUCUUAGGACCGGUGAAUAUGGUGCUUGGCAGGAGAUCAAACGGAAGGGAAUGACGCCGGGGGCCGAUGAUAUUCUUUCGGUUCAUAUUUACAACCCGGAUACCGUCAUUUCUACUAGAAGCUCCAGUGUGGAAAUAAUCUCCAAUGUUAGCGGCGCAGAUGAUGGUAACCCUCCACGGAUCGUGGGUGUAACGGAGUUAUUCCCGUCUGGCCCUAAAAAUCCUACGGGUGGUAUUUCUUCGAGCUGUCUUGAUACGACAUCUUCGUCUUCAUCCACCCGAUCAUUUGCGAUCACGACGUCAAUAACGUCAUCAGACUCUCACUCACUCCAGCUCUUCACUCUGAACACCACUUCUUCCACACCUUCAUUUCCAAAGACUCCAACUAUUACCUCUCCUCUCCCUUCAAAACCUUACACCUCCACCUUCAUCACCAACACAACCAUAGCGACUGGUCAUCGCAGCGGAUUAACCGUUCACAACCUUACCCCAUCCGAAAUCUCCUCAACCACGAUCCCACAACCCUUAACCAGCUAUAACCAUGCAUUGAGCGUCCACUCUCUUACGCGUCUCUCCUCUUCCCCUGCAUUUUCACCCAGUAUUUUCGCCUCGGGAUGGUCGGACGGAAUAACCCGGUUAUUCGAUAUCCGCGCGAAUGCCUAUGUAGCUGAAUAUGAAAAUCCGGUAUCCAACGAAGCUGUGCCUGUUUACAGUCUUCUACAUACCGCACCGCUUGGGAAUAUCUUGUUGUCUGGGUCAUCGUUGCAUCAUGCUGUUGAGGUACAUGAUUUGAGAUACUGUGGGAAUAUGGUGGGAUAUUUUUCGCCAUAUGCUUUCGAUCCUGCUUCUUUGAAUGAUGGCGAAAAGAUGAGAGAUAUUGUCAGCGAAGGCGGCUUAUUAUUCUUCGACAACGUCGCUGGAGCGAGAUUGCCCACCGCUCGCCGUAACGGUUACACGAGAAACUCAGGGAAAGGAACCAGUUCCAUAUACUCCCUUUCCUCACCAUCUCCCUCGUCAGGGAAGGUAUACAUCGGAGCGGAAAACACGGUUCUCCAAAUGGAUUUCCGGAAAAGAAAAGUCGGAAGGGAAUGGGGGCUCGGAUUGAGCAAUGUCGAGAAGGUUAGGAAGAAGGAGAUGGAAAGAGGAGCGACGUUCAAUGUUCCCAUGUACUGGUUUGAUCCAGCGAAGGGAGUUGGGGAGGAAGAAGGUGGUGUCAAUGGACGAUGGUGGUGUGGUAGUGGGAAGGCGGCUUUUAAGGUUAAUGAGAGGAGUGCGGUGAGGGGUCGAGAUGGGUGGAGGUAG